GUAAUAAUAAUAAUAAAAACCAGCAUACUGCAUCAGGAAGUAUGAAUAAAUGAAAAAAGGCGAAAUACCGAAGAAAUAGUAUGUUACUUGUUUCAAUUGAAUGUAGUGAUCACCGCGGCGAUCGUGGGAUGUGACCCUGGUCCAUGAGAGCGUUUAUGACCUCAGGAUUCAUGUAAUUGUCGUACAAUGACUCAAAAUCCGCCUCGACAUAGAGCAGCGCAUCAUCUCGCCAUCCUCAACUCUGCUAAUAUGGAGAAAUACGGGCUUUACGUGCUCUUGUUUUUAUUUUCUUGUGGAAAAAUACUGGCACAAACAGGUACGACAUUUGUAACAACACCAAAGGUGAUUGAAGCUGUGUUUGGAGAACAGACUCAUUUCUUCCUGACUUACACAACUCCCGACAAUUCAUCCGUGUUCACCGUCUCUCGUCUGCUCGGAAACGAAUCUCAUGAGGUCAUCAAAAUUGUUGACUUGAGCGUCACAACUAAUUCCUCGUGGACGAUGGAAGCAAAUGUGGCGGUCAGUGUGGUGGACGAUAACACGAGGAAGGUCAAUAUCACGAUAUACAAAGUGGACUUUCAGAUUCAUGAUGGAAAUUACAUCGUCAAGGUCAACGGUUCGGACGGAAUGGGACAAGAUGUACUUCUGAUAAGGACCAUAGCCUCUCCCGAAAAACUACAAUUGACAGUAUCUGAUAGAGUUGCCCCAAAAGAUACCCGCGUUUACUUUCGCUGUAAGGGUAAUACCGGAAGACCGAGGCCGAUUGUCCACUUGUUACGCCGCGAUGUGUUCAACGGCACCACCAACAGGACAUUUCGCUCUGUGUUGACGGAGGCCAGUCCUAAUGUGACGUUCUUGGAGAACCUAGGCACCUACAUUGUGGAUCAGAGCUUCCCUUGGACCGCCCUGUGGCAGGACAACCUCGCGGAAUUCCGAUGUGACAUCACUUACAAUAUUGGUCUCGGAACCGCCCUGUCGUCUGCUCAAAGCGAUACAGUCACUCUCAAUGUCACAUCAACACAGAACACACAAAUUGAACCUCAACCCCCCACUGUAGACCUGAGACAAGACGAUCUGGUUAUCCUGUGUUCAGUCACUUCUCCAUCACAGAUUGAAACAGUGUAUACAAUACAGUUAAUGAAAAACAACUCCGGUCCUGCACUAGCAAAUGUAGUUUCAGUUCGUGCAAAUGGUGGUACAGAUCUCGUAGCAUGGCAGGACACUACUUUACAGAAGAGGGCUACAGCAACAGGCACCGUCAGUUCACCUCAAACAGCACAGCUAAAGUUCACCAUCCCCAAGGAUGACGUUCAGUGCCCAGCAGAUUUUACAGAAUACAAAUGUUCCAUGAAUGGCUUUGGGACUGGUACAACAGGUGUGGUUAAUCAAGAAACAAACCAAAUAUUCGUUUCUUACAGAGUCCAGCCGACACUUAUUGAGAUGCCGCAGGUUCGGAUACUCGGGGAAUUUUCUAACACGGCCCAGAGACAGUUUACAGUUGGGACCGCCCUUCAGCUGAAAUGCACAGGACAAACAGGAAGUGACCCAAGUGCUACAAUUCGAUGGUGUGCGAAAACUGCAAAUACUUUUACCUUUACGGGGCUUCCUCAGACCCCAAUCCACUCUGAAGCCUCCCUCUCCGGAUGCCAGUACACUCGUUCCAGUACGAUCACCUACAACCUGACUAACAGCGACACCUACACCCAGUUCUUGUGUGAAUCUGGGAAUUCUGGACUGUGUGAAACCGGGACAGCCAAACAGUAUUUCAAUAUAACUCUAGAAGGCAAUACUGGUACAACUAAUACCCGCACAUCAACUGAUACGGACGAUGCAGGGAUCAUUGCAGGGGGCGUGAUAGGAGGUCUAGCAGUUCUGAUUCUCAUCAUUCUUUUGGUUUACUUCCUGGUUCUGCGCAAGAAAACGGACGGCGAAACUUCAACAGACCCUGCCAAUGACAGAACAAAAGAAGAUGUACCAGGAUAUAAUGGGCCAGCUAACCCAGAGGGACCAGUUUAUAGUGUACCGGUCAAAGACCACCCCCCAGAGAGACAGGAGUUGUUAGAUGAGGAUGAGAGGGAAGAGGACAAUCGUAAUGGUAACGGCACAACAGCACAGGAAGAACCCAAGAAGGAGCUCCACUACGCUGACCUGGAUAUAGCGAGCCAACCUCCAGGGACCCAGGUCAAGCCGCAGCCUAAACCACGCAUGGAAGUCAGCAAUACCGAAUACGCAAGUGUAACGUUCAGCAGCGUCUAACUACCCCACAGCAUUCAAUCCACGUGACCAAAGUCUUUUUGAAUAUUUAUUAUUUUUAGAACUUUUUGUUAUCAGAAUGGUUUUGCUUCUUCUGCUUGUAAAUUUACUUGUAUAAUAAGUACCAUUCGUUGACAUGUUUUUUAUGUAGAACACAAAAUCCGUUCAGGAAUCUUCUUGAUUUUUUUUUCUUCUCUGGCAUGAAUUACACACUGCUUAGUGUUGCCUUAACGAUGUCUGCAUGUCAUUAAUGUCUUUGGUAUGAUGAAGCAGACACAAACUAGAGACAUAUUGUUUAUAUCUCACAGUUGAUCUUCAAUUUAUUAUACAACAAUUUCUCUGUAGUUUUAUGGAAGAUGUUAAGUUUUGAUUUGUUAUAUUUUUAUGCUUAUUCAAGUCUACCCAGAGUUACCAGUAUUCAGCAUGUACACAGGAAGGAAGGUUAAUUAACUGUAAUAAGGAGUAUUGUAUGAGAUCCUGACUUCACUGUAAUAAGGAGUAUUGUAUGAGAUCCUGACUUCACUGUAAUAAGGAAUAUUGUAUGAGAUCCUGACUUCACUGUAAUAAGGAAUAUUGUAUGAGAUCCUGACUUCACUGUAAUAAGGAAUAUUGUAUGAGAUCCUGACUUCACUGUAAUAAGGAGUAUUGUAUGAGAUCCUGACUUCACUGUAAUAAGGAAUAUUGUAUGAGAUCCUGACUUUACUGUAAUAAGGAAUAUUGUAUGAGAUCCUGACUUCACUGUAAUAGGGAAUAUUGUGAUAUUCUGAGAGGACUUCAGUACAUGUAUGAUGGGAGAUUUUUAUUCCAAACUUAAAACAAUGACAUGUUUUUGUUGAUACUGUUAUUUUAUAACUUGGUCAGUCUAGGCAGAAUUUAAUGUAUGCAGGAUGUAAUAACAACGAAAUUAAUCUAGAUCGAUUACUCUUAAUAAUUUACAUAUAGAUACUAAUUAUCUUGUUUCCCUUGUUGUGCAUGAUACACAAUCAUUUACAAAGUUUGAACAGUUCUGGUUAGAGGUUAGAUCUACAGACGUGAAAGAUUGACUAUAAUCUGAUGUUCACCAUUCAGACCUAGCUUACUGUGUGAUCUCACUGUAACUAUGGUGAUAUAUUUUUGUAAGCAAUUUGUCUUACAUUCCUCGGUAGAGUUCUUUUGAUCAAGUUUUCCAGCAAAGUCUAUAAGGUUGCAUGGUUUCAUUUAUGUCACAUAUACAUUUAGCAGGUGCUAUUAAACAUUGUAUAAAUGGUGAAAUCAUAUUCUUUAGUGUAUAUGAGGAAAUAUGAUACAUCAGAUUUCACAUUAUACAAUAAAGUUUUGUCAAUUAUUAAAUCAUCUACCAAGACAAAUUUACAAAUGUAAGGAGUGGAAUUAUAAAGUGUAAAAAAAAUUUCAUUAAAACAAUAUUUGUACUCAAGGAUUUAAUGAUGCAUACAUAUCAAACUCUUGUGUGAACUUGAUUUUUGUUUACUGGGAAUGAAGUUUCGCCGCCCCUCCCCCUUCCAGAAUCUUUCCAAUAAUUAGUGAUGUAUGACCGUUUAUAAUUUUUUAAAGACCUUCAGAAUAAACUUAUAUUUCCUUCUGGACAUUCAUAUGUGGCAUGUUAUUUUUUAUAUAAAGAGUAUUUUUCUAUUUUGGAAACAAGCAGUGUAUAUAGUUGAAAACCUCAUUGUGUUUUAUGGAUAUAUCUGUACCCCAAGUCUGGGUUACUGAGAUGUUUUGUGGAUAUUUUUUACCCUGAAUUUGGGUUAUUGAGAUUUUAAUGUUCUUUUUUUAUCUGUGUAAUUGAUGUAUGAUGUGUGGCAUGAUAUACACAAUGGCUAUCAAAUUAUUCUUGAUGAAAUUCUAUGUUAUUUAUGAUUUUUCUUUGAUAUUUGGAAGUUGGUAAUUCUUAAUAAGGGUAACAUGUAUAUGAAUUUCUUAGCAAUUAAGACCACAGUUGCAGAGCAUGUUAAGAUGAGUUAACCUGAGUACAGUAAAACACUGUUACAGUUCUCCUCCAAGGCCAGCAAAAAAUAGUUUGUUUUAACUAAACUUCAUUAUACAGUAAAACACUGUUAUAGCAAACCUCCAGGGCCAGCAAAAAAUAGUUCGUUAUAAUCAAACUUCAUUAUACAGUAAAACUCUGUUAUAGCAAACCUCCAGGGCCAGCAAAGAAUAGUUUGUCAAAACCAAACUUCAUUAUACAGUAAAACACUGUUAUAGCAAACCUCCAGGGCCAGCAAAAAAUAGUUCAUUAUAACCAAACUUCAUUAUACAGUAAAACACUGUUAUAGCAAACCUGCAGGGCCAGCAAAAAAUAGUUCAUUAUAACCAAACUUCAUUAUACAGUAAAACUCUGUUAUAGCAAACCCCCAGGGCCAGCAAAAAAUAAUCCCUCAUAACCAAACUUCAUUAUACAGUAAAACACUGUUAUAGCAAACCUCCAGUGCCAGCAAAAAAAAAUUUUUAAAACUUCGUUAUAACCAACCUUCAUUAUAUCCAAGAGAAUUUUCAUUAUAUUCCUCUCAUUGGGGGAAUAAAUAUCACUUCACAAUAAAGAUGAAAUGAUUGUGCUAGUUAUAAGCAUGUUCUACUGUAUUCAGAAUGUGUAAUCACUAACUUGGUGAACACUGGGAAAUUUACACCUUGUCUUAUUUUGAUCUUCAAAUUUAGGAAAAAAAAUUAACCCUGGGCAUUUUAAAUUCAUUGUUUCAUUUUCUCCACGUGAUAAUAGUUGCAUGUCUUUAUAAUGAGAACAAAAAUUGUGAAUUGAAAUAGGGAUAAAAAAGGAUCCCAGUAGACAUUACUACUCAUAUAUACAAUUUUAUUUUAGUUGUGUAAAUGCUUCGUUUGUAUGACUAUUACAUGUAAAGCAAGUGUGCAUUUUGCCCUUUUUUUUUUAUUGAGAGAGCAAUAGAUCAAAGUAGAUGCUUUUUUAUUGUUAGAAAAGAAACCGUAAUUAAUUUUAUGCUAGUAAUUGGUGCUAUGAUCUCGGAAAAAUAAGCCCACACACGUUAACGAGUGUGAGCUGUGUGACAGUAGAACCUGUUUUAUGUUAGCAUCCUGUGAUCUUGCCUGGAAUGCCUGUCCAUGUUUAAAUGUAAACUGUUACAUUCGUGUAUAUUUGUUAUUUUGGGAAAAAAGAGAUUGUAUUUUUCCACCAAAAGUAAUAUUUAAUAAAAGUAUAGAAAAUACCCUGAUAAGUGUUUACCUUAUGAAGGCAAAGGCAAGUCCAAAAUUCCGGGUUUAGUCGAGAGCCAAAUUGCACUGUCAUGCAUGUUGGAAUUUGUGGAGCAGUUUAAUUAGUAUGUAGAACAAUGGUUAGUUAUCGUAUGUGUGCAUAUCAAGAGUGCAUCGUUAUUGAAAUCGUCUUCCUGGAGUCAGAAUGUACAAAUAUCUGCAAUGCCCUGGAGUACAUAGCAUUGGUUGAGGUGGAUACUGUUGUGUGUUUUGCCAUUUUGCUGGUAACAAGGGCAAGGAUUUUAGUAAAAAGAAGAUGAAAUUCAAAACAACUGUCUGAUCUUCAUUCUCAGUAAUAUUCAGUAAUUGAUCGCCCCAAAUGUCAGUAGAAACCCUACAGUUAACGUCGAUUAUUGCAAUCUUCCCAGAAUUCCAGAUGUAUGAUAAUUGAUCAAUUGUUACUGGUCUUUUGUUUUAGCCUCGUAAGAAACAUCCCAGGAGUUACGAAGAGGAGGACCACAAGAGGCGGAUAAGAGGCCAUGAAAACGAAGGCCUGGAAGAUAAGCACACA